AUGGAGUUUGAGAUAGAAGACUUAGCAUUUAAAUUUUACAAUGCAUAUGCACACCAUAUUGGUUUUAGUAUUAGAAGAAGUAGCUGUCAUAAAUUCAAAAGUGGUCGGUUGAGAGACAGGCUUUUUAUUUGCUUCGCUGAAGGUAAGCGUGAAAUUGAUAAGCGUGUUUCUAAUGUGAAAUAUCAUCGUGCUGAGACAAGAUGUGGAUGCUUAGCAAGGAUGAAAAUUAGUUGUCAUUUGAAUGAGAAGUAUCGUGUCAUAGAAUUUGUUUAUGAGCAUAACCAUAUGACUACAAGUCCGUCUAAGACUCAUUUGUUUAGGUCUCAUAGGAAGAUCACUCUUGCACAAAUAGCUGAAGUUGAUAUGGUUGAUAGUUCAGGAAUUGCUCACAAUGCAGCCCUUGAAAUUUUAGGUAAACAAGCUGGUCGUCGUGAAAUUCUUGGAUUUAUUCCUAAUGAUUACAACUACUUACAUUCAAAACGAACAAGAGAAAUGAAGUUAGGAGAUACAAGUGGUGUGUUAGAGUAUCUACAACAAAUGCAAUUGAAUGAUCCUAAUUUUUUUUUAAUGCUAUACAAGUGGAUGAAGAUGAUUUGA